AAUUGAAAAAUGGCAUCCCCCAAUCUGGUUCUUAUUAUUUAGGACGAUGGAUAUCCUCCCUCACCGACACCGUCUGGUUUCCUUCCCGCGCAACCCCACUCCGGCAGCUUCCCCUCCUCCAGCUACUUCCCUCCCAUCGCUGAUUUUCUUUGUCACGAGAUAAAGCUAAAAUCUUCAAGUGUACUGGAGAUGGAUUCUUCGUCGACGGUGCUUUUCAACCAGCUCAAGUCAUCGGAACCAUUUUUCUUAAUGGCGGGACCCAAUGUGAUUGAAUCCGAGGAACAUGUAAUGCGGAUGGCCAACCACAUUAAGGCUAUCACUUCCAAACUUGGGCUGCAGCUGGUUUUCAAAUCAAGCUUUGACAAAGCCAAUCGGACAUCUUCCAAAUCAUUUCGUGGUCCUGGCCUCGUUGAAGGCUUGAAGAUCCUUGAGAAGGUAAAGGUAGCGUAUGACAUCCCGAUAGUGACAGAUGUGCAUGAAUCCAUCCAGUGUGAGGCAGUUGGUAGGGUUGCAGAUAUUAUUCAGAUCCCAGCCUUCUUAUGCCGACAGACAGAUCUCCUAGUUGCAGCUGCCAAGACUGGAAAAAUUGUCAACAUAAAGAAAGGCCAAUUUUGUGCUCCUUCUGUCAUGGCAAAUUCUGCUGAAAAGAUUAGAUUGGCGGGAAAUGAAAAUGUUAUGGUCUGUGAGAGAGGAACUAUGUUUGGCUAUAAUGAUUUGAUUGUCGAUCCACGCAACUUUGAGUGGAUGAGGGAGGCUAAUUGUCCUGUUGUGGCUGAUGUCACCCAUUCUUUGCAACAGCCUGCCGGGAGAAAGCUGGAGGGUGGUGGUGUCGCCAGUGGGGGUCUUCGUGAACUGAUACCAUGCAUCUCAAGGACGGCAGUUGCUGUUGGAGUUGAUGGAAUUUUCAUGGAGGUACAUGAUGAUCCUCUAAGCGCUCCAGUUGAUGGUCCAACCCAAUGGCCUCUGCGCCAUUUGGAGGAACUGCUAGAAGAGCUCAUAGCAAUCGCUAGUGUUAGCAAGGGGAAGCAAAGUUUCAAAAUUGAUCUCACUCCAUUCCGUGAUUAACUUGACUUUGAGGCUUCUCUCAAGGGCAAUGCGGGAAAAAGAAGAGAAAGGAGUGGAUCAUAUUGUGUCUUGUUGAUCAAGCUUAGACUCUGUGAGGUGCCAACAAUCCAAUCAAAUACCUUGUGGAAUGCAGCUUUUUAUGGACUUGGUGUGUCUCCUUUUACCUGCCAUUCUCAAGAAACUCUUCGCUGAAGGUGUUUGAAACGAAUCAUUCUUUGGUUGUAUAGAUAAAUUGUUUUGUAUGUCAAAAACAUUAAGAUUUUCUCGAAACAUUUGUAUAAUUUGUUUUAAAUGUUAGCGUCUCCAGUCUUUAAGGUUCUGUUUUAAAUAGGUUACCAAAGCGGAAGUAGUAUAACUCUGACUCAGAGGAUCUCUAGCGUAUGCUUUACCUUCUUUUCUUUUUGAAAUGGGGGUGGGGGCUUAUGUGUCCCUUGGGGCACCUCAGCUACCAGCUCGCUUUGCAUGAUCUUUUUUCAGUUGUAUUGGAUAUCAGUGAGACUUUGUAUUCAGAAUACUCUCUCUCUC